UGAAUGAGACAGUAGCUCACGACGGUAUACAACCUAACACGGACGUUUCUAUCGUGGGAUGUUCAGAAAAGAAAACUCUUAAACGUACGAGAUGUGGAAGCAUAAGUAACGAUAAGAAUGCUAAAAGAUUUUCCGUAUCUGACAGCAGUGAUAUGACAGAAAUAGAAUUUAUUUCAAAUUAUGAUGAAAAGAAAUGUGCUAGAUCAACACCGUACAAAGGAAGAAAAUAUUUUGAUUCUUACUACUCUGCCACUAAUAACAAAAUUGCAGAGUUAGAGAAAAAUGACGAUACGCUUCGUCAUAGGAUGCUUAGUUUAAUCAACGUCGAUAGAAGCGAAGAUAUAAAUAAAGUGCAGGCUAGUAGCAAGGUAGAAGAGCCGCAUGAAACAAAAGAGAAAAAGAGUGACAAGAACAGACGUAAGCAAGUAAAAGAUAAAGGAAAGCAACCAGUGGACGAAGAAAAAUGUACUACAAUAAUGGGAAACGAAAAGUCGUACUACAUUGAAAAAUGCGAUGCUCUAAAUUUAAAUAAAGAACAAAAUUACAAACAUUCAUCAUCAUCACACACACAGUUUGCAUUAGACUCACCAACUAUAACUACUACUAAUAUAGGUAGUACCACUGCAAAAACAAAACUGAUUGCAUGGAUAGAGCAAAGUUAUAAACAGUACAAGCAGCGUUUGGACAGUGGUCUUGUCAAGAAUACGUUAGAUCCACCGAAACAUGGAAAAGUAGCUCUAUAUCCUUGGAGUUUUAUACUGAGUCGGUACAGAGAACGUAAAAACUUAUUCAUGAUAUCUAAACAAGGACCUUAUAGAAUAUUUAUGGCUGUUGAUACGAAUAACGAAUUUUUCGUGAACUGUACGAAUAUAGAUGAUAUAAGAUUUGCUGAUUUACAUAAAUACCCGCUCACAAUCAAGAACUUGCUAACCAAUGCUACAAAUGAAUUGAAAGACGAUUUUUGUAUUCUGUGUGGCUUGUCUCACUGCUGGGAACUAAUUGGAUCAGUAUCAAAAGUAAAAGAAAAUGAGACAAGUCGAACGGAAUCGAAGACAGAAUCAAAGUCGAUUUCUGAUUCAUUGUUAAUAAGUGAUAAUGAAACAACAGAUCAUAAUAUGGACGACUGUGACAAAGAAGCUGCUCCUACCACAACGAAUGAAGAAUUGCAAGAAAAAUCAACUACAGACAGUCAAAAUAGCCCUAAGAAUUCGAAAUGGUUUGUUAUGACGGUGGAAAAUGAUUUUACCGAAAUUCAGUUUUAUAAAAGAGGCUUUUUCGUGAAAUAUGAAAGCAUUUUAAAAGCUAUUAAUGUUGCCAGGCUGUCUGGGAAAACUGUGCGACUGUCUGCUCAAAAGUGUCCCGAAAAGAAUAGUACGCCCCAGUUUGGCAUAUAUGCAAUCCCAGAUUCAAGCGAGCAUUGUGUUUUUGUAGGCCCUUACGAUGUCAGUGAAUGUUUGGGUAUAGACACUGUACGUACUUUAAUAGAUGUAAGGAAGAAUACCAAUUUAACGAGAGGUAUUUGGAUCACCACUAAGGCAGAUGAUAAUAUCAAAGUUAUCGAAAAUCCUUUAGCAUUCAUGCCAUCAAAAGAUGGUUCACAUGACACUGUUAUAGUAUCGUUACCUCGUGAUGAGACAGUCCAAAGCUCCGCUGAAAAUUCUUCGAAUCAAACUUCGAAAAGUAAUGUUUCAGUGCGUGAAAAGUCAGACAUUUCUGUACAUGAAAAGUCAAAUAUUUGUAAAACAGUUAAACCGAUAAAAAUACGCAAGACUGAUGGAUUAUACCACCUGGCUUCAAAAGACUUACUGAAACAGAUUAACAAUCCACAAUUAUUGCAAACAAACGAUCCAUUGCUUAACAAUGUGUUAAAUAAAAAUGAAUCAGCUGUUCUGACGCCUUUAUAUCUUCCAUCAUCAUCGAGUGUUACUUUACCCUCUUUACUAAAAAAAUCAACCAUAACGAGCCGUGAUGUCUGUCCAGCUGAUCCGCCUCCACUUAUCGAGAAUAAGAAGCCCGUUGCUGAAAUAGCACCUCAAAUAAAAAUCGUCGAAGUGUAUUCCGAAGCCAGUGCUACAAUUACUCCUGUCAAACAACCGGAACGUGGAAUGUUUGUUUUGAAACCUGAAGAAAUAAACAAGCGCCUUAUGGAGAAUAAAUUGAAUUGUACUACACCAGUUUACCCUAUACAAAAAGUAGAAGAUAUGGACCAAGACAUAGAAAAUUUCCUUGCCACAUCUGCUGAGUACAUUCCACCAAACGCUGAAAUAUUUGAGAUUUCGGAUGAUGACGAAGGUAGUUCUACUCACAAUGUUUGGAAAGACGUAUGGAUAGAGUGCAGAAAUAUUGAUAAUUUGGGUUUGAUAAAAGGGAGACUCAACGCUGAGAACGAGUUGAGUUUCGAAUUUCCUGGAUUCAAAUUCACAGAUUUUUAUUCUGAGGAGGAAGCAUUUACUAAAAUUAACCAGGUCUUCUCACGGAAAAUAUACGUUCCAAAAAACAUUAAUAUCGAAUGGCAUGUCGUGGAAUCGGAAACCGACCUGAAGACAACAAAUUUCUUGAAAUCGGAAGAUCUUGGCAUCGAUUUUGUGUUAACGAAACGUGGACUUCGCCAUAAAAGGGAUUUAAUAGCAAAUACAAAAAACGCUAAAACCGAAAUGAUGAAAACGAAUUCUGGUUCCUCAGUCGGAAAGGGGAAAAAAAUGUCCGCCGACGAUAUGGAUUCCGCCAUCGACGCGUUAAGUAACAUAGAAGAACACGGCAGAACGUUGGAAGAACAAGGUGACAAUCUUAUGACCGAGAUCGCUAAAACUAGCGAGUACUUCCGAUCAAUUACCGACGUAUCCGAUUUUCCCUAUGACCGCCGCGAGAGAAUGAUGGAAACAUUGCAAAAUAUUAUGUCAGUAACAGAUACGGCCGAUGAACUAACUAAUACAUGAAGAUUAACGAUAGUAUCGAAAGUAUCGGCAAUGCUGUUUAUUAAUGUCUAGUGCCUGAGACGGCAUUAUGGCUACUAACGCUUAGUUAGUUAUCUAAGAUAAGACUAUAUUAACUACCUACUAUAUAUGUAUGCAUAUAUUUCAUGUCCAGUUGCCAGCGUGAAAUACCGAUCACGCUGACAUUCUAGACACUAGCAAGUUAGAGUACCUUCUAGCAAUGACUGUUUAUAUUGCUAGUCAAAUUUUAAAUACGGUGAGGAUGAUGAUGGUAAAUACGGUGUUGAAAUUAUGUUGAUGCUGGAAUGCGGCAUACACUUCAGAUCUCAGAUUCUGAUGAAAAGAUUUGUGAACACCAUUGACUUACAAAUAAAUGGACGACGGGUCUAAUACAAAAACCACGAAAAAAAUGGCCCAAGUCAACCUAUUCGAAAUUUAAAUUGUAAUGUCAUCGCAGUAUCGCGCUGUCAGUCGAACAAAUGAAGACUAAAGCGGAGUUUGGCGCUCUGUAUACUAUUUGAGCGCCUUACAAGAGUGUAAGUAUAAUUGUAAGUCAAUGGUGAACACUAAUCGAUUAUGUCCUAUGUGCGUGCAGCGGCGGUGUAUAAUCGUUUUUAUCUACUUACAACAAUUAUAAAGAGAAUUACAUUGUAACUUUCGUGCUUUUCAUGAAUAUUGAUUUAUAGGUAUUGUUAUGAAAACAAGUGUGGAAAUUUAUGUACGUAAUGAUUUAUGUUUGUUUCGCUAAUCCGUGUAAGUUAGAGCAAAAAGUUU